UCGUCUCUUCAACGGCAGUGCUCUUUAAUUUAAUAAUAAUAUAGAAACAAAUAAAGACACAGAGUUAAAUACAACGUCUGUGUGUCGGUUAAUCGAUUAUAGUCAGUCUAACAGAUUUAUAAGGAUAAUAAAUCAUGAUAAAUAUAUCUAAAUGGAUGUACACUUUGAUAUUCAGAAUCAAAGAUAUAACAAGAACCAGCACCAUCUUGCGGUGAGGCGACAGACCAGACGAGCACUUCCCGUGACGCAGAGAAACGCGGUAAAACGAUAUUCCGGUUUGCAGCAGACGGAGAGAGGAGCAGCAAGCAAGCAGCAGCAAGCAUGGCAUCCGACAGCAGCACGGCUAACGUUAACGGACGAGAGAAGACCGUCUCUCUGAACGGGGAGCCCGUCGUGAAGCGGCCGCGGGAGAGCUCUGGGUCGUCACAGCAACAGGAGUCUUCUUCUUCUCUCCUCCGCAUCCCGAAGGAGCCGCAGAACAAAGUGACCGUGGUGCUCGGAGCGCAAUGGGGCGACGAGGGGAAGGGGAAAGUUGUGGACUUGCUCGCUAUGGAUGCGGAUAUUGUCUGCAGGUGCCAGGGAGGAAACAAUGCAGGUCACACGGUGGUUGUGGACAAAGUGGAGUACGACUUUCACCUGCUGCCGAGUGGAGUGCUCAACAAGAAGGCUCUCUCCUUCAUUGGCAACGGAGUGGUGAUCCACCUACCAGGUCUGUUUGAGGAGGCUCAGAAGAACCUGCAGAAAGGCAAAGGAUUACAGGGCUGGGAGGAGAGAUUAAAGAUUUCUGAUCGGGCCCACCUUGUGUUCAACUUCCAUCAAGCCGUUGAUGGGAUCCAGGAGCAGCAGCGGCAGCAGCAAGAAGGGAAAAAUUUGGGAACCACUAAAAAGGGUAUCGGACCUGCCUACUCCUCCAAAGCUGCUCGGAACGGUCUGCGAGUCUGUGACCUCGUCUCGGAUUUCAAGGUUUUUGAGGACAAGUUUCGUAUGUUGGCAGAACAUUUCCUGACGAUGUAUCCGAAACUCAACGUGGACAUUGACAGCGAGCUGGAGCAGCUGAAGGGCUUUGCAGAGAGACUACGUCCUCUGGUGACUGAUGGGGUGUACUUCAUGCACAAAGCUCUUAAUGGUCCCAGUAAGAAAAUCCUGGUGGAGGGAGCCAACGCCGCUCUGCUGGAUAUCGACUUCGGGACGUAUCCUUUCGUGACGUCUUCUAACUGCACCGUGGGAGGAGUGUGCACCGGCCUCGGCGUGCCCCCGUCGUACGUCGGCCGAGUAUACGGCGUCGUCAAAGCGUACACCACCCGGGUGGGCGUUGGUGCUUUCCCAACAGAGCAGGAUAACGAGACCGGGGCACUGUUACAGUCCAGAGGGAGAGAGUUCGGCGUGACGACGGGCAGAAAGAGGCGUUGUGGAUGGCUGGACCUGAUCUUGGUCAGAUACGCCCACAUGGUCAACGGCUUCUCCGCAAUUGCCCUGACGAAGCUGGACAUUUUGGACACGCUGUCAGAGAUUAAAGUGGGCGUGGCCUAUAAGGUUGAUGGCGAACCUCUACCAAGUUUCCCCGCAAACAUGGACGUUUUGACGCGGGUGUCGGUGGAUUACGAGACGUUGCCCGGCUGGUGCUGCAGCACCGAAGCAGCUCGGAGCUUCGAGGAGCUGCCGUCGAAUGCCCAGAAUUACGUUCGGUUCAUCGAGGACUUCCUACAAGUGCCAGUGAAGUGGGUCGGAGUCGGCAAGUCCAGAGAGAGCAUGGUCAAACUGUUUUGAUCCGUCUGUGCUGACCCCGUAGUCCUCCUCACAUAAUGAUUUCAGGUUUUGAUAGGAUUACCAGAGGAGUUUAAAAUGCAAACUCUCCUAAAGGAAAUACUUCACCAGCAAGGCUAUUUGCGAAACUCUUAGUUGCUGCUUGUGCAUCACAUUUACAAUAAUUCUUCUUGGAUAUAAUUUAUGCAUUCCACAUAAUGUUUUUUCUAUAUUUAUUCGGGUGUUAAUUUUUAAAACUUGGUGCAAAUGGAUCAUUCUUUCCCAUUCUACAAUAAAACGCAGUUUAUUUUGCUUUUUAGCAUUUGAGGCUAAUUAACCUUAAUUGAUAUCUGUUCUCCAUGUUGUUAUUAUUUUUUUUUGUUACAUAUAUUUGAAGAGCCAUUGAUGAACAGAUGUAGAAGCUGUCGCAUUAAAGGGGCACAACACAAUAAAGCGAGAGAUUCUUUUCAGGCUCCGUAACGGGACGGAUAAAUGAUUGAAAGCCAUUGCGCAAUCAGUCCGAUAGUGAACUUUUCUAUUGAGCAAUUUUAAAACACUUUAAAAAAACCAUGAACUCAUCUCAGUUGUCUAAGUUUGUAACAAUAUUUCCAUGAUGAUUGUUGGAAUGAGUAGUGCUUUUUAAAUCAUCCUCAAAAUGAAUAAAUCAAGCAACUUGAGUUUGAAUAGAUGUUUUUCUUCAUAAUAGUUGAGGAAAAGUAAGUAGAAAUUCCACGUCCACAACAGAGACAUUGGUCUUUGAGGAGUUUGUGUAAAUGUAAUGAAAAUGGCCAAUGGGCAGUGUUGUACCAGAAUAUAUCUCAAUAUGUUUCAUACGCCAUUUCAUUCAUCGUCAAUGAUAUAAAAGACUCUUACCCAGCUUGUUCUUAUCAAUAAAAGGAAACUAACAUUUA